GAGUGGUGAAAAUUGUAAUAUGGUAUUAACUUUUGUUUGGCUGAUAAAAUUUCAAAACAAGCGUGGUAAUUAAAUAUUGGUUUUCAGUGUUUCUGUUGAUUGGAAAAGGACGGAACAAUUAUACGAUUUUGUUUGAACGAAUUUUCGGGGCGAUCUAUUUCUCACUAUACGACAGUGUGAAACGGUGUCAAAGAUGGAACCGCAUCGUGCUGGUAGAAAGUUAUCUAAACAGUUUUAGGGUUCGGUAAUGUAGAAUUUAUCGAUCAAAUAUAGUUUUACAAGAAAGGGAAGACUUAUUGACACGGCGAGUGUAAUUUUUAUACAUUUUGACGUACCUUUCUUCAAAAAACCAACAUAAAAUCAAUUGUACACAACUAAAUUAACCAACUGCCGUUCAAAUUGCAAUGAUACGAAGCAUUCGAAGUAAUAACGUUUAAGGUUAUAAGUCUUGGAUUCUUUGAUAAGCGGUACAUACGAGAAAUAAGAAAUACCGCUAACAGUAUUUUUACAAUAUCUUAGCGAAGAUGAAAGUUAAUCCUAGAGUGUUUUUUGACAUUGAAGUCGGUGGAUUACCUAUAGGACGUAUUGUAUUUGAACUUUACGCCGAUGUUUGCCCAAAAACGGCCGAAAAUUUUAGAGCAUUAUGCACAGGAGAGAUGGGUCUUGGAUUAUCAACAAACAAACCAUUGUGCUAUAAGGGAAUAGUGUUCCACAGGGUUGUGAAAAAUUUUAUGAUUCAAGGAGGAGAUUUCUCCAAUGGAAAUGGCACUGGUGGAGAAUCAAUUUAUGGUGGUACUUUUAAAGAUGAAAAUUUUACUUACAAGCAUGAGAAGGCAUUUUUACUUUCUAUGGCUAAUCGAGGCAAGGAUACAAAUGGUUCACAAUUUUUUGUUACAACUCAACCUGCACCUCAUCUUGACAAUACUCAUGUAAUUUUUGGUGAAGUCAUAUCUGGUCAAGAAAUUGUUAGUCAUAUUGAGAAUCUUCCAGUGGAUAAAAUGUCAAGACCUUUGCAAGAUGCAAAAGUUGUUAAUUGCGGUGAACUUGUGUUAAAGUCUAAAAAUAAAGCAAAGAAGAAAGAAAAACGUAAAAACAGUGUAUCUAGUUCAGAUAGUGACUCUGAUAAAGGUAAAAAAAAGAAAUCAAAAAAAAAGAAGUGGACUGAAUCUGAAAAUAACAAAGUGUCAGAGCCUCCUAAAAAGACUAAAACUGAUGAGAUACCUCAUCCACUUGUUUCAACAACUAAAAUUGAUCCAGAUGAAAUACCUGAAGUACCAGCAAAUAAAUUUCUAUACAGGGCAGGUCCUCCAAAUGCUAAUCAGCGGCAAUACAAUCAAGAGCGUCGCCAAACUUUCAGAAAAGAUCCAGCUGGUAGAAUUUUUAAGGGUAGAGGAAUCUGUAGAUAUCGUUCGCUGUCGCGAAGUCGUUCAAGAAGUUUGACACCUCCUCAUUGGAAACAAGCACAAAAAAGGAUUAUCAAAUAUCCUUCUUUUUCAAAAGUUGAGCAAGACAAUGAUGCUAGGCUUCAAAAAGUUAUGGGUAGUGAAUUUAAUGAAAUUGAUUCACAGCAAAAUGGAAACGUGAAAGAGACAAAUCAAAAAGAAUCAGAAAAAGAAAAUUCAUUGAAGAAAGAACAGAUACAGACAUCACAGAGCAAUUCAAGCAAUUCAAAAACUACCAAACGUGAUGAUAAAGAUGACAAAUAUCAAUCUUCUCGAAGAAGAGAUAGACGUUCAUCUGAACGUGACAAUAGUUCUAGAAGUAGAUAUCAUUCUAAACAUAGUCGUUAUCACAAAUCACCUAGUCGUGAUGAUUAUCACAGGAAGCAUCGCAGAUAUUCACCACAUGAAUCGUCAUCCCGUUCCAGAAAAUCAUCACGUCGAUCAGAUUAAUUGAUCUGCACAACAAAUUUGGAUGAUAUAAUUAGGAAUAGAAUUUGUAUUGUGCAAAAUAUUGUAAUAAAAAAUUAUAUGUUAAUUUUUUAUUUAUGUAUAAACUCAUUUUUGGAAAAUACAAAAAAAUUGUUUCAUAUUCAAUAUCAGAUGGUUUUUGA